AGUGAAACCCAGUGACACACAGAGCAGCAGAGCAGAGCAGCGCUCAUCCAGAUCGGUGCCAGACGCACGGCCACUUUUUGUUUUAGCGCGAGUUUUUCUGAGUUUUGUUGACUUUUUAAUAUUAAUAACAGCUCAGACUUCACAUUGGAGUCGAGUUCAAAGUUUAAUUCAGGUUUGUCUUCAGAUUUGCUCACUAACAUUUGGAAUAUCUCUCCGGAUUAAAGUGGACACUUCACGACGCGCAGAAGUCAUCUUGAAAAAGUUCGCCCAGGAUUGUUUCUUCAGACGCAGGAGCGCGCAGCAGCUCGGAGCGCUUCAAGAGAACAACUUGUCAGUGCGACUUCGUCUGGGCUGGUUUUUUACGUUGAGCCGUCCCAGAAAUGGUGGGGCACCUACAUUUACAAGCGAUGGAUGAUAGCCUGAAAGGAAAGAACCGGGAAGGGCUGCUCGACAGCCCGGAUUCGGGGUUGCCCCCCAGCCCCAGUCCGCCCUUCUGCUCGCUCUCUCCGGGUCUGAUCGAGUCUCGCUCCGGCAGCUGCACGACGCCCGUCGAAAGCCAUCAUGGAUAUUAUAAAAAGGAAAGCAGAGAAGGCAAACUGCUGCCCUACCUGCUGCUGAGCUCCACAGGAACAGACCCGAGGACCCGCAUGUACCCCGUGUUCUAUGGAGAGAGCAUUGAGGUCAACCUCAAACCAGAGCAGGAAAUCAAGUGCAACACUGAGGUCAAGUACGACUCCGACAAGCACUACCGGGACCGGGUGGUCUGUGCCCCCGUUCCCACGGCAACCUCCUUUAGCGAGACAGUGGUGGCAGUGAGGAACUGCACCUGGAGGAGCUACAAGACACAAGUGUACCUGGAGCCCCGGCAGAGGCCCAUCAGCUACCAGAGCACCACCAUCAUCUACCCCAAACACGCCAAGAACACUUAUCGCACCACGCUCAACUACAACGCCACGAGCUCCCGCCGCUGGUUCGUGUCCACGGUGCAGCUGGAGUCCAGCGAGGAUACGAGUCCCUGCAUCAUCUACACAGAGGACCUGUAGAGCCCAGACUGGGUCGGCCUGCACCGGCAGAGAGCCGCCUGCUCAUCAUCUGGUUUUAUUUUUAUUUUGGAAGACAAGGAACUUGGAAAGGCCCGUGUUGAAAGGGAAAUACUUCAAGUAAUACCCGGAGCCCAUAAAAACCCUGCUCUGUUCUUCUUUACAGAGAAAACUCUGGGAACCCUUCAGUGACUUUUCACCUGAGUGUAUUUAGAUUUUCUACUGUUGCAGUCUUUAAAAAGAGCGUUGGCCCUCUGGCAGUUUAAAGCUGCUUAUUUAAUGCAGGAGCUCAGAAAUUUGGUGGCCUUUGCUCUCCUUCGUGUUGGAUUGUAACCUCAUUGGAAGUGACAAUCACGUUGUAGAUGUCUGUGUAUAUAGAGAAAAGUUGAGGUGACACGUGGAUUUUAGCCGAGCCUGCGCAACCCCAGUCACACCAAUGCAAAGCUUUCUAAAUACGGCUUUAUUGCACUUGUUUUCUAUAUAUCACAGUUCUCUCAGAGGACUUGACAUUGCAGGGGGGAAUUUCAGUACUGCAUCUGAAAAAAUGGACCAAAGAUAGUUUGAACAUCUCCUUCCAGUGACUCCACACUGUGAGACUGAGCACUUGCUUUUGUUUUACAGUUUUAAUUAACUCACAAACAGCAGCGUGGCUAGUUUAAUCAAGAGAGGUAGGACUGAAGUAUAAUCAGAGGAAGGAUCGCAACAUUAGAAUUAAGGAUUGUCUUGAGAGUAUCUGAAGAGGGGAGAUGUUUAAAGUAGAGCCGGACUGAUGCAGAGUAUUAGGGAGUAAAAAAAUCCAAAAUCAAUAUAUGGUAUAUGUUACAAAAGGGAGAGUGAUGGGGUCAUUGCAUAUUGAAUUUCCAGCAAUGUAUUUCCAAUCUAGUAAGGCAUUUACCAUGAAGACACCUGCUUGACUCCGUGCUGCCUCAUCUGUGAUACAUACUCUGCUACAUGUGCUGCAAACAGUGAACGCAAUGGAGUCAGAGCCAUUCUGCAGGACAAACUGUGUAAGGUUAAUAAAAUAAAAUCAAUGACAUAUUAGCACAUAUUGGACAAUAUAUACUUCAGUAUUUGUGAAAGGCCAAUAAUGUUGGCUGAACAAUAUAUUAGUCGGGCUCUAAUUUAAAGUCUCUCUGUACAUUAUAUUCAACUAGGUUGGAUCACAGCAGUUGUUACCGUAAUGUGAAUAGUUUAGUUAAUCUCCAAGUUAAGGUUGUGUUAGUAAUCUGGUGCCUAGUUUAGUCUCUAAGAGGUUCUACUGGGCUGCAGAACAAAAAUCAAAGUUCAAGUUCAAGGAAAAAAAAAGAUUUAUUGUUAUUUAUUAAGACUUUCACAUUUUUUACCCACUUUGUUGCCAAUUGAUGGAGUUUCUCGCGCAAGAAAGUGCCAAACAAAACAGACAAUCAGAGGGAAGAAUCCGCAAAUUUGUCACAACUUUUGGUACAGAACAAACUGUGCAGAUGCGGCAGCACUCAGCCGUCUUCUUCUCUGUCAGAGUCAAAAACAAGCACAAGAACCAUUUCCAAACUUCAUCCGGUGGUUCAGUGCCACAAGCGGUCGAUGUAAAUCUGCUCCAACUGCUCUGGGUUGGCACCAGCUGUUCAUAAAUCUGUCAAGAGUUUGUGCAUGAAGUGACUCGUCCUUAAUGUUGAACUUGUGAUUUCCCAAAUCGUGUUGCAGCGUCACAAUGGAAGGAAUGUCGAACUAGUAAAGACUUCUGUAGUGUAGGCCAUUACAAAACAGAUGUAAACAUGAAGUCGCAGAAGUGUCGUAACUUGUAGCAUCACAUCCGAAAAGUUACAGUUUUACAGGGACAAGCUGUUUAUCAGGCCUUAACCUAAUUUGACCAACAUGUCUGAUGUUAUUCUCAUGACUGUUGUAAUUCGAAGCAUGUUGGUAAAAUUAGUGACCUUCAGUUAGAAAACGGCAUCAGUCAAAAACAGAUCAGUGAUUCAGCUGGUGAUGCAGCACAUUUAUAAGACCAAACUCUACAUAAGAGCAAGUUGUGCUUCUGUGAUGUCUUUAUCUCCACUUCACUUCAGCAACAGGAGCUUAUGAGCAGCUGGUGCAACUGGGUGCUUCUAGCUGUUUUCAGCAGCAGCUUCUGAUCCGAGAUCGAUCAAAAGCAUCAAACUUCUCCGUAAACGUGUAAAAAGUGAAGCAGUAAAUCCACAUGAGAUUUCCCUGUCAAAGAUGUAAGAUUUUAUUUCUUAGCGUUUCCACAACUUCUUUAUGUGUCUGUCUUAUACAUUAUAUAUAUAUAUUUAGGUUAUUGAACAUGGCAAAUAUUGAAACUUCAGACUUUACCUCAAAUUUUCGUAAUAUCAGUUUUAUUUCAUUUCAAACGUGUAUUCCUGAAUUUUCAGCCGAGGUCUUGAGCUCUUGUUGUAUUUUAUGGUUUGAAAUACCCUCCAGGAAAGUGUGGAGUAGAAAAGAGGGCAUGAAGCCGUGGCAGCACAUCAAUACUGUAAGGUGGGUGCUGGGAUUUGAUGAGGGAGGAAGAGAAAGUAGAAAUAUGAGGAGCAAGACGAGAUGAUCUGCUCUUUCAAAAAUAUACAGAUGAGAUGAGGAAAUUGUUGUGGAGUUGGCUUUUUAUACUGAACAGUAGUCUGUGGGGAGAGAUUGGGUACGUGUUGAUGGUCUGUGGAAUGUCAGAGAGCGACGAGAGAAAGUUGGCGGGUGUCGAGUUUAAUACUUUGGUGGUUUUAUGUGAGAUAUUUUUGUGUUUUCUAACACUUGAUUUUUUUUGUUACUGUAAAAUAUUUUUCCUGUUGUAUAUGUGGCAUCGAGGCACUUCAUAAUUCUCUUUAUAUUUUUGUACGUCGAUCAUCGUUCCUGUUCUGAUCAAAGAAAAUAAUUUAAAAAGAUGUAUAUCCUAAUUGAAUAAUAAAAAAAAAGCAAUUCCCAAACCCUAAA